CUCGGUCUUCCUGCUCGGGCCGGACGGCGCUGGGGGGGACGCGGCGGGCACCCGCGCCCCCAGACCCGCGGCGCAAUGAUGGACGGGGCCGAUGGCCAGCUCAGCACCAGCAUACUCUCAGAAAACCAGGACCCCGACAGGAUAUCUGACUGGAUAGACAGAUUAAAACACUUGUUCAAAACAAAGAAGAUGGAAAUUGCAUAUGCCAUCAAGACGACAUUUCCUUUCCUUGAAACUCUCCGCGACAAUGAACUCAUCACCAAUGACUUUUAUGAAAAACUUAAGCAUAACGAAGAGGUCGGGGUCCCUGUACCUAGAGUGGUGUACGAUACUCUGCAAGCCGUGGAGCAGCACUUGGACCCGCAGCAUCUGAACAUAGUGUUCAGUGACUUCCACCGGAAACAGUAUCCCAAGUUAGAGCUGACUUAUGAAGCCUUCAAAGAAGUGUUCUCGAUGAUCCCCUGCGUGCAAGACGGCAUCGGGCAAGAUGCACUGGAAGGGUCUGUCGGCCCUCUCAGCCUGGAGCAAGGAAUUGGUGAAGAGUUGCAGGAAUGCCUGAUAUCAGCCUCGCAGAACGCUGAGAGUCCUGAUGGUGCAACCGUACAUGCAAACGGCAUCACAGUGCACCCUUUGGACGCAGAAGAGGCAGCUGCAACGUGGAAAGGCCUAGCCGGUGGGGAGAGAGGUGUGCUGGAAAGUGAACAAGCCAGUCGUCAUUGUGCCAAAGAGCCCGACCCAGCAGGAGACAAGUUACGCAAAUAUGGCAUCCAAAGCAGUUCUUGUUUUGUAAGUCUGGUGGACAUAAAGAAUGAAAAAGCAUCUUUCGGCUCCAAUGCAGGAUGUAAUCAAGCACUGGAAAUAAUAGAUCUCAGCAGUGAUGAUAAGCAAUCGGACACCAGUGGCGGAGAGGAGUCCCCAAAAGCCUCCACCUCGGCCCAGAAAAGGAAAAUUGGUACUACAAGUUUAAGAAAAUCACCAGUAGUAAGAAAACGCCGUUCGAGAAGAGUGAGAAGACUUGAGAGCUUUUCAGGGUCCAGCGGGGACGAGGCCCCACAGAUGGCUGAUGCCAUGGAUGAGGAUUCUGAUUAUGUUGGAAAUAAAUCUAAAUGUGCAACUGACAAUAAGGAAAGAGAGUUCCACAGUGAUGACUCUACAGAAGUGAUUCUCAGAGACGGGCCUCAAGAAACCUGCAGCUCAGCCCUAAGAAGAGGGUCAGGUGUGCUCAGAGGCCAGGAGGCAAGGACUGGACAUAGCCAAGCAUCCAGCAUGACAGAUGCCGCGGAUGGUGGAAGCAAUUCCGUUUCAAGAGAAUACAAUUGGAGAAAAAGGUUGGCAGUCAAAUACAAGGCCGCACGCAAACAAGUGAAAAAGAGAGAUUUUCAGACAACCAAAGUCCGAAGAGGCAUAAAAAGAGGAAGAAGCCCAAUCAACAGUAAACCUAAGAGAAAAAAAAGAGGUCCAAGAAUUCCCAAAGACAAAAAUAUGAACUUUGAUGUUCCUGAGCUGCCCGUGACCUGUGGCGAGGUGAAGGGGACUUUGUACAAGGAGAAAUUCAAGACAGGGACCUCGUCCAAGUGUAUACUGAGAGAAGACGGAGAGGCCUGGCUCACGCUCCGGGAAUUUGAAAUUGAAGGAGGGAGGGGAUCAUGGAAGAACUGGCGAAUAUCUGUGCGCUGUGGGGGCUGGCGCCUCAAGGAUCUGAUCGAGAAAAAUCUUCUUCCAGACCCACCAAGAUCAAGAAGACGGAAGACAACACGGAUGCCUCGCGGCCGUACCACUUAUGACCCUUGUCCGGAAAACUACAACGUGUGUGUGGUGUGCUGUAGAAGCGGAACGCUCUUCUGCUGUGAUUCUUGCCCCAAGUCCUUCCACAAGCGCUGUCACAUCCAGCGUAUCAAUGCCAAGAGCAAUCCGUGGUUUUGCAUCUUCUGCCGAAUCAAGAAGAUCCAGAAAAAUACCUCCCAGAACCAGAGCUAUCAGGAAUCUGAAGUCCUGGUUAGGCCGAUGGAUCAUAUAAAUGGCUUGAAAUGUAAAUUCCUCCUCUUGAUGAUAUAUAGUAAUGCAAAAAGCUCCUUUUUUGUCCAAGAACCGUAUCAUAGUAGAGAGCACGAGCAGGACGAGUCCUGGUCCCUGUGUUUAAACACGAUCAAGGAUAAGCUUUGUCGGAAUAAGUACUUGCACGUGGGAGCCUUUGUGAGGGACAUGCGGCUCAUUGUCGAGAACUACAAGACGUUUUACGAGAACCAAAAUAUCGUCACUCUGGGAUUUCAACUAGAGAAGGACUUUGAGGACAAUUUCAAAGCCAUGUUUUCAAUUCAGUGAGAAACAAGAAGAGUUUUCAGUCUGAGCCUCUUAUUUCCUAAAGUAGCUUCUGUCUCGUCCAGAACCCCUGAAGCACCAGAAAUUGCUCCCACAAACAACAAACAUCUCAUUUAGCCUGUGGAUGCUCAGAGACUAUGUCAUGCAACAGACAAAUUGAUUACUUUGGAAAUUCUUUUCAUCGGGGAUGCGGUUCAAUGUAGAGGACACCUUAAGACCCUGCGUGUGAUCCCCAGAACUGCAAAAGAAACAAAAGGAUUUAACUUGUGGGUCAUCUGACAACUACCAAAUUUAAUACAGAAAUUUCUAGAGCUACCUUUGCCUAUCAAGAUUUUUUUUUCUGAGCAAAUAUCCUUUUCUCCUAAUAAGUCUGUCCAAAGAAGAAGAGUUUUCAAUGUCAAUAGGAUUUAUAAAUAAUGAGAGGAGAACUAAUUUGGAACUAAUUUGCAUUAGAAAGUAUCAAAAAUCCUGAUCCUUCAUACAACCUAGAGUCAGGCUUGAAAUGCCAUGAUUAUCUUCUCUUUCCACCUUUCUAAAAUUUCUAUUUCGCAUUGCAAAGUGAGAGGAUAGAAAAUAUCCUAAACAUUGAUGUGCUUUAGUUUCCUCAUGAAUAAAACAGGGCUACGGUUGAUACCCAUCACUGCGUAGGGUACCCAGAGCACGCCAGGGGCCGAUUCCUGAGAACAACCAGGUGUGGCCCAAACCUCCCCUUCAAAAGAUAGGGCUGCCAACAUUUGUAUUGCCUUUUGAUUCAUGAUCGUUGUAAAGUUAAAAUAAUAUUUGAGGACUUUGGGGCCGGGGUGAUACUACAGUGGGUAGGGCAUUUGCCUUGCACACGGCGGACCCGGGUUCUAUCCCUGGCAUCCUGUAUGGUCCCUUGAGCACCACCAGAAGUAAUUCCUGAGUGUAGAGCCAGGAGUAAUCCCUGAAUAUAGCUGGGUGUGACCCAAAAAGACAAAAGGGAAAAAAAGGAUUUGGGGCCUUAGGCUACCCCCAGUCAUACUCUGUAGCUGCUCCUGGCUCUGCACUGAGGGAUCCUUCCGGCUCGGAGCAUGGGAGAUGAGAUGAGGCUCUGGGCGUUGGCAACAUGAAAGGCAAGAAGCACCUUAACUCCUGGACUGUCUCUCUGGGCCCGUGCUUUAUUUAUUUUUUAUUUGUGUGUAUAUAUAUAUUUUUUUUUAUUUUGGGGUCACACCCAGUGAUACUCAGGGGUUACUCCUGGCUACCCUGAGUAAUUUCACUCAGAAUCACUCCUGGCGGUGCUUGGGGGACCUUGUGGGAUGCCGGGGACUGAACUCGGGCUGGUCGCAUGUAAGGCAAACGCCCUCCCCACUGUACUGUUGCUCCAGCCCCUGGGCCUGUACUUUAAAGUUUGACAAACUAUCUCUCUGGGUCCUCAAACUUUUCUUUUUGGUAAAGUCUUUUGAUAAACCACCCCAUACUCAAUGGCACCAAGAGGGCAAAAAUGGUCUGAAACUUAAUGUAGUGUUACAGACUUUGAUUUAUAAUGGUGCAUGCGUGAAGCCUGAAAGUUCAUAACACAACAUUAAUUUAAUAUAAAAUUAUCUUUAAAAAUUAAAAAAAAUAUCAUUUUCAAAAUCUGGGAGAGAGUUCAGUAAUUAAGAUACAUCUAACAACAAAUAGACAGGAAAGCUACUCUGUUCCAAAACACCAACAGAUUUUAAAGAAGCCCAAAGCAAAUGGAAAAACACAUGUUCGUGGACUGAAGAAUAAAUAUUGUCAAGGUAUAAAUUUUCUCCAAUUCAUCACGGGAUCCAAUUUCCAUAAAUUUAGGAAAAUUGGGGCAAAUAAUCACCUCCAGACUUGAGCACUCCAAUCACUGUGUCCCACAGUUAUCAUCACCACAAUCACCAGCAUCAGCACCUCUAUCACAGACCUCACUGGCAUCCACCAUCACCCCCCAUCACCACCAUCACCACCAUCACCCCCACCAUCAUUCACAUCACCCCACCAUCAUUAACAUCACCCCCACCAUCACCAACAUCACCCCCACCAUCACCACCAUCACCCCCAUCACCCCCACCAUCAACAGCAUCACCCCCAGCCAUCGCCACCGUCACCCCAUAUCUUGGGACCUGGGGAAGUGCCAGCUGUAAUCCCAUGUCUCCGAUGCCCAGCAUGGCAAUGUGAAAGUCGAUUGACAUUGACCUCUGAGGGUUGGCAAGAGUUCAAUUAAAUGUUAAUUUCAAAAAUUAAAGCAAGAUUUUUAUAGAAAUUGACAGACUUUAUUUUAUUUGUUUUUAGUAUUUAAAAACUUUAUUGAGGUUCUGUGAUUUACAGUGCCGUUGAUAAUGGUUUCCAU